ACGAGUUGACGGCAACCAAUCAGGAGCGGCCACAGUGUGUUUGGAAACAACAUUACCCUCGUUACAGUCCCGUAUGACAGCCAGCCGAGAGACAUUUGGAGGUCUCACGAGUCCUUUCAAAGACUAUUUGUGUCGCUUUGCUUCAUCGUUCUAAAACACUGAAUCACGAGGACGUCGGCUUCUGUUUCUGGGGCUACUGAGAAAACGUUAUCUACGUGAGCGCGAGACUACUACGGCAGGAAAAGUGAAAAUGGAUGGGAGCGAUUCUCAACAGAGGACAGUCACUGUUCUUAUCAAAACGCCCAGCCAGGCUCAGGAGGACCAAACCGUCGAAGGCGUCUGUCUCAACUGGACUGUGAGGGACCUCAAAACCCAUCUGUCGACUGUUUAUCCAACCAAACCGGUGAGUUGUCACACGGCGGAAAAGUUAGCCAGUUAAUGUUAGCAAAACGAGUUAGCUCGAGGCUGUGUUGGAAUGUUGUGACGUAACGAGCUGAUGUAAGGACGCUGCUGCCAGCGACCAGCUGUCAGAUAUACCGCUGUUAUUGUCUACUUGUGUAUGUGAACCCAAGCUAAUUAUACCAACAGUAAACAGUAACAGAUACAUUACGACGACGUAACAUGAUAAACUUCAAAGGGGGUUUCAGCGUACCUCAAACGGCUGUUACCUUUUGCACAAAGGAGGGGUGUGAAGGGGUGGAAGAAGUGCCGAACCAGUCAUAACUCUCUAGAGUCAUCCCUACAGCUUUUGUCACCAAGGUUAUAAUAGUGUAAUCCUUAAAAGUCUGGUCUGACUGAUUGUUUUCAAUUUCAGUUUCCCGUGCUGUUUGAGAUUUGUAAACUAAGUUGAAGUUUUAGUUAGUACAAGUUUUUUUUGUCACAUGGUCCUAAAGACUAAAUACCAUUUACAAGACAACCAAACUAAAAAGUGGAAAAAAAAUGUGAUUAGGUGUGCUCCUACCAUUUAUUUAAAAAACUCAAUGAAAAUACAAGGACAGAUGUUGAGCCGUCACAGUGGUUGGAUAAUAAUAAAAAAUAUGUUGAAUACCAAGACAGGAAUUUUUUUACAAGACAGGAAGCCAAGGCUCUGUGUCUAACACUUUGAGAAUAUGUUGAAUCUCUUGUUAAGAAGAUAGCAAUGAUCUGAGGAGGAACCACUCUUCAUUGAGAUUCGCUUGAGUCCUGAUAGAAGUUGUGUAUCUAAGGUGGUGCCAGGCAGUAGACUCCACAGUAUGCUGGUCUGAGUGACAGCCAGGUGCCAGAGUUAAGUUGAUCAUUACGUAUGAAAACUUUUAUUGACAAGAGGAGUUUGCCAUGUGCUUCUGACAAGGCUAAAUCACCAGGACUAAGCAGAAUACAUGAUUGCAUAACCAAGACAGUUGCAGUUAAACAUCAAGAUAUUUGUACAGCACUUUAGAAACAUUAAAGUAAUUAACUUAUAUAACAUGAUAAGUAUUGACUUCAUAAUAUAAAGUAGGUUGGUGCAUCCUCCAGUGAGAGACACUAAAACUUGAGCAGAACCCCAGCACCAUAAGUUGUUGGUAUAUGGGGGGUGUUGUUAUAUCAAAUCAUGCAAUUCCAUAUCUAGUAUUAUGUGUUAAAUGACCGUAACUUUUUAAAGGAUCUCUGUAAUGUCAGCCAACAGUAAAACUGGUGGUUUUCUGAGGUAUAAAUAAGCCAGGCCUGCUUUUCCUUUCCAACUUAAAUAUCACCUGAAGUUUCCACUCCACUCCACCUUCAACUAUUCUUGUUUGGCCCUGUAUUUGUUACCAAUUGCAGAAACGGUACUAGAAUGAUUAACGCAGAUUUAUUUGAUUUUUGUUAUAGAGAUUGUUAAGCAUUAAAGUUUUGACAAACUGAAACUUGAUUUCUGCAGGCCGUGAGUGACCAGAGGCUGAUCUACGCUGGUAAACUGCUGCCUGACUACCUUCACAUAAAAGAUCUCUUCAGAGCGGUAUGUCUUCUAAAUGUAUCUGUGUAUUUGUAACUGGCUACUGCCAUGCUCCAAAAAUAUGGCCAUAGAGCAGCAUGCCAGUGAGGUUUGAAAUGAUAAGAACUUUACAGAGUUGACUAGUGACGAGUCAAUUAUAGGCCUGUAUGCUGCUUGACAAAACUAGGUGGAGAGAUUUCAUCUGGCCUACUUUAAACUGAAGAACCUUUGUGUGUUAAAUAAAGGACUUCUGAGGAUCUCCCUGGCUUUUCAAUGCAAAACAAUCCUUUUGAAACCAGUACAGUAUGAUUUGUCUGGUAUCGUAUUCAUGUUUUUUGUUGUUUGACUCUUUCCAGAGGAUUAUGUUCCACGAGAUUAUACCUACAUAAAUCCUGUAAAAAUCUUCAGGAAGGAGUCAGUGUCAACACCUACUCCAUUUUCAGUUCUGUUCAAAGAACACACAAAGUUUAAACAACUUUGAACAAAGAUUUUUAGAAAGCUUAAUUUCCAUCCUGACACUGAAAAGAUGAAUUUUAGGUUUAUGGAACCAAAGUGCUUUUGUCUUUGGGAAUGAAGGAAAUCACAUUGUGAUAAUCUGUGUAAAUGUUUGAGUUUUAGCCUGAUCCUGAAAAUAAUUGGCAAAUGACCUGUUUUGUUGCCUGUACUAUUUGAAUGUAAAAGUGUUUUCACUUUGUUUGGAUUUUGUGAUAAAGCAUUUAUCUCCACUUUCUCAGACUGACUGUGGUCUCACAAUCCAUCUGGUGUGUCCUUUUCAUAAUCCCAACCAUGAUGCACUGGGAGCAAGGCCUAAGGUGAGACAUGAAGAUUUCGUCAUGACUCUUGCUAGAUGCUCUAAAGUAGAAAUGCAUGACACUAUUGGAUUCAUGGCUGAUAAAGUGGCACAUCACGAUAAACGCUGCGAGCAGCCUUAAAUUUUGUGGCUGUAUGGAAGUCUCUAUGUUUGAAAAAGGACCUGUGUAUUAUUUAAGGUAGAAUAAAAAGUUAUUCUGGUUAUGCCAAAGUGCCACAGUAGCAGGAACAUAGACUGUAUAUACUAUAGACAACUUGGUUCCGCCUCCCGCCUGUAAACAGAUUUGAGGCCAAAAAGCUCUCGGUAUUUCCGUGAUUUUUCUUCAUUUCCUGAAACCAGCAUUGCGCAGUAGAGUUGUACGCAGUCGGCGGGAGAAUUGCCGAGAGUCGCUGUGAUCGCGCCCGGCUUGAACAGCGUAUCCCCCGGGUGAGCUACGCAAUCCCUGAACGCCAAUAAGCUGUAUCAAGUGUCAAUCAUAUAAAACAUGAACCCCCUAAUAACUUCUAAAAACGGAGCUUCGCAGAAAAAAAGAGGACUUGAGCACAAACUAGUCUUACUGUAACUACAUAUCAACACCGCAAGCAGGGGGGAGAAAAAUUUAUGGAGGCAGACGCUGUUCAUUGUAUAAACAGUCUAUGAGCAGGAAUCAAACCAAGAUGUGCUUUAGUUUUCAGGUGGCAUCACUAAUCUCAAACCCACCCAGAAGAACUUCUCAGGUUGUUGAUAAGUUUGCUGUUUCUUUCUGAGGAGUCUUGAGAUCACAACAUGUUUUUCAACCUAUGUAAUAAAGAUAAAGUCAUAGAAAUUAAGUUUUGGAUGUAGGAUAUCAGUCUAAAGAAGCACAUAGGUCUUUUCUGUUGAACAACUUACACUGAAAAAUGUCCAGAUGGUAGAUUUAGACCCUGAAAGGUGCAUCUCCUUCCUCAUUUUCUUACGGCCGUGGAGCUGAAACACUGGUUUCACUCGAGCGAUCUAGCUUCAGAGCUCAGCUCCACCUAUGAGAUCAAAAGUACAUCUAAAAGUAUAUCUUGAGUCUUUCCGGCACCUUCUCUGCAUCAGCAGACUGAACAUUUCAGGUGGUUGUACAUCUUAAACAAUAAGCCCCUCACUACGCUGGUCUUAUUAUGGUGUUAGAGUGUACUGUUGCUCCAAGAGACAGACAUUUCUGAGAUCUCAAGGGAUUUCAAACGCUUGUUUUGCAGACCAAACAGCCACAUUCCUGUAGUCCAAAGUCCACGGCAGCCUCUGCUUCAUUUGGCCCCAGCAGCCCCUCCCAUGCAGUCCAGACUCCAAGCACACCAGAUCUGAGACAGAGGAGACAGACAUCUCAGAUGUCACCUGCUGCUCCAGCUCACUCACAGACUCCAGUGUCUCCACCAGGAGCUCGGACAUGGCCUGCUGCUGCACUGUAAGUCAUACUAGGAAUAAAUACUAUUACAUUUUUGCUGACUAAUCAAGACCUUUUCUUUACAUGAUUGCAGGAUCUAUAUAACUGGUCCAAAUCAGCUGGAUAAGACAAUGGUGACUUUAUCCUAUCAGCUCUCUAGUUCAAAGGAAAUAAUACCAAGUAAGAUGUGUAAGCAGUGCAGGUCAAAUCCACAUUUAGUGGACGAUUAUGGAACUUUUUGCGCUUUAAAGGGCUUUUCUGGCGUACAUUUAAUUAUUGUCAAACACACUGUGACACCGAGUUAGACACUCCCUCAAGAGAUGAAUUUUGCAGACUGCUUGCUUCUCUAGUUAUACCAACUUCAGCAAUGAUGACAGCAUGAUAGCAAUACACAGUGGUCAUAGAGUCGGGCAUUAAAGGAGCUGAAAAAAAAAAUAAUAAUAAUGUUAGGAGGCAUAAUUUGGGGUAAUUAUGUGUUACUGAGGCUGCUUAGGUGGGGCAAAAUCUUUCAUAAGCCUUGCCAAAUGGGGACACCAAAGACUUUUAAAGCCCCUUUUUUUGCCAGAGAAAACAAUCAGAAGUAAGUUAAGGGGAAACAUGACCUUUUUGCUUUUGUUCUUAGCCAUAGUGCCCCCCUACUGUUAUCAUAACAGCGUUAAACAAUCAGUGACACUCUCAUCCAUCCCUGCAGAGCUGGAGCGCCACAGAUGACCCAACCAGCCUUCCCCACUUACUCCCUUUACAGUCCUCAGCAGCUUCUGUGGCUCCAGCAUGUCUAUGCCAGACAGUACUACAUGCAAUAGUGAGUUUUUAUUGAUUUUAUUCAUUUUUAAUCAAACUGUUUUUCUUAAGCCAACAGUCUUGCUUUAGUGUCUGACAUGACCAUUGGCAUCUUUACAAAGUUGGUCAUACAGGCUUGAUUUCUGUCUUUUUUUCCACCAACAGUCAAGCUGCAUUGGCGGCGGCAGGCACCGUCCCUUCUGCUCCAGCUACAACCAUCGGCCAGUACCCUCCUGUUCAUGCCCAACAUGUUCCAGUACCAGCUCCCUUAGCCAAUCAGAACCCCAUUGAAAACCUGCAAGCCAAUCAGAACCCAGCACAAGAUGGGGCUUUUAUUGACCCCGGGGAGGCCAACCAAAAUAUGCGGAUGAACGCACAGGGUGGGCCAGUGAUGGAGGACGAGGAAGACAUGGAGCGUGAUUGGCUGGACUGGUUGUAUACGGCUGCAAGAUUUGGUGUUCUGCUCAUGAUUGUGUACUUCAACUCUAACCUGAGUCGCUUUCUACUGGUGAUGGGCAUCCUCUUCCUCAUGUACCUGUGAGUCCAAUCUUUUGCUUUCAAAUUUGACAGUGAGUGUCUUCACAUUGUUAUAUUCAAAACUUCAUUUUGGCUGAGCAUCUUUAUUUAACAGGUUUCAGUGACUUACUUUCAAAAACUCUCCUCAGCUGCUUGGGUUUGUAUCCAGAGCCUUUUUUGGACUUUGUUUCUGUGAAUGAUUUAAUUAGACUCACACAAACAUAUAUGUCAUGGCUGAUUUUGAAAAUGUUAUAGAAAUAGUCUAAAACAGAAGCUUUGUGGAGAUGCAUCAGUCGUUCUUCUGUGUCACUGGACAGAUAAAGUCACGGAUGACAGUGUUUACUUACCGUCCAGACUACAGGAUCUGUGUAAUCGAAAACCUGUUAUACCAAAGCUUUGAAUAAGAACAAAUAAGGGAAAGGCAAUUGCAGCAAAUUGUAAAGGUAAAUCCUGGCCCUGUUCUCACUCACUCAAACGUACAUUUUACCAGCCUCUUCCUGGUCAACAAGUGAGGCUGAAAACACUGAUCAAAGAUGUGCCUGUGCUGCAGAUUCACCUAAACACACGCUCCGGUUGACCACUAACCCUCCUCCUGCUACUCUUCUGUUUUUUUUUUUUUUUUCCACCAUCUUUCUUGGACAUCUUGGACAGAAGUUGAAGUUUUCUCUACUUCUCUCUGACUGAAUGAAAAAUUGAAACAGUGACCUGCUACAUCAAGUCAAAACAGGCAUAUUUGUUAAUAUUUCACUUAAACGAUUUAAUUCCCCAUGUGGGAAUGUGCUCUACCUGAUAAAGUUCCUGGCUUUGCUUUUAUGAAGAAGGAAUUAUAUUUUCAAGGGUUUUUAUGUAUGUAUUUCUAUAUGUAUAAUCCCAGAUGGUCUUCGAGACUUGAGUGUGAUGGACCUCCACUAAAAGUGCAACCCUUACUGAGUUUCUACCGUUGGAUUUACCAUGGUCAAAAGAUAGUUGUGGACCUGUCAUGUACAGUGAUUUGCAGAGUUGCAGUAUUUGCUGUGAGAAGUUAGUCAAGUUUGGUAUUUUCUGGAUUAUAAAUUUGUGUGACUCUCUGUAGUCGUUUAAAAUUGGUCUUGUUCCUUCUGAUCUGGAAAAAAGAAGUUUUAUAUAUAUAGGUGUGUAUGUGUGUGUGUGUGUGUGUGUGUAUGUGUAUAUAUGUGUAUGUAUAUAUAUAAAUGUGUGUGUGUGUGUGUGUGUGUGUGUGUACAUAUAUUUGUGUGUGUGUAUAUAUAUAUCACCCAUUCUUGAGAGUCGGGACAAAACAUGUCCUACAUAGAAAAGUCUAAUUUGUUCAAAACAAUUAAGAAAUUCUAAAUGUUUGACAUACUCAAAAAGUUAAAUCUAAUGGAUUUGUGUAUACCAAUCCUAUUUUUUAGCACAGAUAUUUACUUUUUGGGGGGAUAUUUGUUUAAAUGAAACGUCUGUGGUUAGAAGGUCCAUGUUAUUGCUUGUGUCCUCAGCAAGAGGUCACAAUAUUGACCAGCCCCAAAAAACUUUAAAAAACUCUAUAAUUGUGAAAACAUAUACAUCAAAUAAAAAUUCAGGGCUAUAAAUAUAUAAACAAUGAAUGGCCUGAAUAUCAAAAAGCUUUUUGCCUAAAAAUCUGCCUAUCAAAGUUGUGUCCUCAGUUUCUGUCAACUCCAUCAGAUUAUUCUAUAAACCUCAUUAAAUCAUGCAAUAUCAUGGUCAGCUAUAUCCCUGAGGUCCCCUUUUCAUUUCCUGCUUCUGGUGAAUGCAACACCACCACACAUGGUCUGGUAGGUUUUACAGUUUUUGAUAUUUUAGACAAACAAUGUCAAUAUUUGUAUGGUCACAGCUGGACCAUGUCAACACCGUCUAUCCAUUAUUAUACUUUUUUUUAAACCAUAGUGAGUUCAAUUAAAGUAUUUUAGUGAGAUUAUCAGGACAGCUAGCAACUGCCAAAAAAGUAGCUAGCUGCACUGUACAAUAAAUGUUUUGGAGGGAAAAUACAUGCCCUUAUGUCAACUCCGUCAGACGUCAACUCCGUCAGAUUUUGUGUCUGACGGAGUUGACAUGUAAGCUGAUGGAGUUGACAAAUCCACCUAUAACCUCUUAAUGUGCUGACAUUAUGCUAUUUUUGAACAUGGUUAAGGAUAACAAUGUUAUUCCAGGGUCUUAUCUGCACAUAAAAGUACAUAUAUAGCAUAUAUUACGUUAUUUUACCAUAUACUUCUGUUUUGUAGAGUAGACCAUGGGCAGGCUGUCUGCUUAAUUAUAACUGUCAAACUUUCCCAACACACACACACACACACACACACACACACACACACCUUAUAUCAUUGAUUGAUUGAUUAAUGUACAAUCCUAAAGGUGCAGUAUGUAAUUUUCACUACCUAAAAUCUACACACUGGCUUCUUAUAGAGUGCGCAAGAAGUUCUAUGUUGCUCUUUUAAACCCCAGUGUAGGUGGGAUACCAGAUAGAAGAAAAAGGUUAUUAUUUUUACAUUGUUAACUUGGACCCUCAGACCUUGGGCUCUAUUUUUGUGUCCACCGGCGACAUGGCGGAGGGUGGCGAACCCCGCGCAGCGGCAUUUUCGUCUGGCGGAGCUCAGCGUACAGCCAGUUUGGUAUUUUCGUGGACUGAGGUGCACCGAGGUCCGCCAAGCUGGGCGUGGAUGUGUGGCAGGGUGAGGUGUCCACAGAAUCAGCUGGUGCAGUGACAUUUUCGUACUUGUUGCCGGCGUGUAAAGUGCGCUGAAAGCUCGCAGAUUCAAACCUGGUCAGCUUUCAGCUCAGGUGGAUCCGGAUGGGCUAGUGGUAUUUUGGGAGACCGGCGGCAUAUCGGCCUCACCAGCAGGUUUCCACAGUGUCAGGAACAUUUCCAUGCAAUAAAUAAUCAAUAACAACUAAUAAUCUGUGUCAGCACAUACAUUUAGAUCUAUAUCGAUAUAUUCUGAUCUAUAUCUGAUCUGAUGAGCGCAUUUGGCACAUGUUUGGACACUCAACCUGACCAAAUUAACACAGCUGCUGAAUCCACAUGAAAUUGAAUCAAAUAUCUAGUAAAUAAACACACAUGAUGAAGUUAACAAGAAAUUUAAUUUGUCUGCCCCCAUUUCUAGCUUCCUCUUCCUCUUAUUUCUCGCGCAGCUCAACCUGGACAUGUCUCCGUGUCCUCUACCCGUCCUGCUGCAGCUGCUGCUGCGGCAGCUGAACAGAUGAUUUGUUCCAGUGAUCAGAUGAGUUUUUUACUUUAAGCCUACAUACAAAUAUUAUAAUAAUCAGUUUUGUGAGCCAAAUUUAUUUUAUAUGCCAAGAUCUAUGAAAGAAAGAGCCAGGCCACGGAGCGCGAUUUACACACAGAUUGGUUCCGAUUUUAAUGCCAUUAUUGGAAUUUAUGUUGUGACCUUUGCGCACAACCCACCUUUGUCACGUGAGGUUUAAAUAUAUGCAAUUUAAUGUGAUUGUCUUUAUUUGUGGAAAAGGGUGUUUGUCUUACCAGUGGGUCAAACAUUACACACACCAAAUCCAUCUGUGCUUAUAUGAGACAGUGCAGAGGACGCCCAAUGCAGCGCUUACAGUGACACUUGUUGAGGAGCUGCCUUCUGUCGCCAUCGUGUGGCAUUGCUGUCUUCAGACAUCUCUUGAUCUCUUUGACUACUUCACGAAAAUGGUAAUACGCCACGCUAGUGGCGGAUUCAAAGGCGAGAAAAGCUGAUGUUAUUGGUCAAUACAGGUCUCGGCUGUGUUAAACCCACUCAACGCCCUCUCUCCUCCCUCCCUAUGACCUACGCCGCUGGAAGGAGCUGAGUUAGGGGAGGGGGAUACUUAUGCCAGGCUGCACAACUCACCAAAAUACGAAAAUGUGCUUGGAAACGCCUUGUCGGCGCGGUGGUUAAUUGCAUUAACGGUAUGUUCAGUAUGAAAAUAAUGAGUUAUUAGUUCUUAAUCUAUUUUCACCUAUUGACCUAUUGUCAAUCGGUUUAAAAACACAUUUGUUCAAUAACAUAUGCAAUGUCAUCAACUCCGUCAGUUUCUCGUCAACUCCGUCAGGUGUUCGUCAACACCGUCAGAUGUAUGUUUUUCUUCAAUUUUGGAGAAAAAAAAAUUUGUUUCUUCAGUUUAUAUUGUUUAAGUAACAAAGGAGCAUUGGCUCUACAUCCUCUUGUGUCUUAUUUACUUACAGAAAUUGUUUUUAUAAUAUAAAAAUUAAAAACAAAGUUUGAAAAUGCAACUAUUUAGAAAUCUUGGUUUUCAAAACAGUGUGAAAUCACACACUAGGUUUAUAUAUUAUAUUUCAUAGCAUAUCAGAGUAACUAAACACUAUUACAACAUACAUCAGAACUUUAGAUUCUUGUUGGACUAGAAUUAUUAAAAUUAUAUUCUUUUUUGUGUGUCUGAUGGAGUUGACACAAAUCCACUGUCUAAGGGAAACAUGUUAAUUUAUAGAAAAAAUGUUUUUAUUUAGAGCCUGUUCCUUUACGGGGUUAAAUAGCUAAGACCUUUCUUUACAGUAAUAAAUAACUCUAAUCAAUAUAGUGUGCAUUCUCAAAAAAAGUUUUUUAGGAAGUGUUUUGUCCCGACUCUCAAGAAUCCCUGAUAUAUAUAUAUAUAUACAUACAUAUGUUGUGCGUGUGUUGACCUUUUAGAGUGCUCAACUGUGACAUUUCUGACUUUUUUUGUGGUGUGAUUUUAAAAAUUGUGAGCUGAAGUUGUUUCCUGAGCCAUCCAGCGGUUGACACUAAUUCUGUGUCAUCUUUUCGACAGCAAAGGUUGCCCUGUCUGAUUGAGGUAUGAAGGGUGUCAGUAUAGAGUGACUUUUCACCUGCGCACUGAAGCAGGAUGUAGUUACUCACUUCCUCAUUUUUCUAUUCAAAUGAGUUGAUGAGUUGACACAAAAAAGAAAAGGAAGAAUUAAAACCACUGUCAUUUAUUCUUGAUAUACAUGAAGACUUAUUCACUCACUACAUGAAUUUACAGUGUUUUCGAAUCUUCUUUAAAGCUACUUUUGUCUCACAUGCAUUCAUGGUUUCUCCCUGUAUAUUUAAACAGCAUGUAAAUGAUUUCCCCUCCAACUGAAACAGAGCACCCUUGAGAAGUCACAGCUGUGUUUCACAUGUGGUUUUCUUAUCUGAUAAAGUUCCACCUGACAGCUUGUUCCACAUCGACACUAUUAUCAUCAGCUUGGGCCACGUUGUUCAUUUACUCAACAUGUCCCGCUCUCACACUCUGUUUGCUGUUAUGUAACACUUGAUUUCAAAAGCAGUCGAGCCGAUUAUUAUUAUUGUUUAUUUAUUUAUUCUUUUUGUGACACACAUCCUGUUUUUCAGGUGGGAAUCAAAUAAGAUCACAAAGUUGUCAAAUGUGCUUGUUUGUCAAGGGAAGUCUAAGAAAAGUGAACCUUUACCAAUGAGAAAAACGCUGUACUCCUGAAACACAGGAGGGCUGAUCUGUUUUGAUUAAAUUCAGAAACUUUGUUGGUGUCUGAAUGACAAAGGGUGGACCAACAAGAUGAUAUUUGUGUUUGAUCCCUGAUGAUGUAUCAGCAACAUCCCCACAUGAGGUUCAUGUUUUUGCAAACUCUUGUUUCUCUUUUCCACUCUCACUUUGUCCUCUUAGUCAUUUCUCCUCCACCCAUUUCUAAGUGAUACAGUUCUUAUCUCGUCAUUCAAACACAUGGCAACUGUUCAAAGAGUUCAAAGGUGAACUAAAGAAUUUCCUGGGAAAUAAAAAAGAAAAAAGAAGGAAGACCUAGAAGACCCUAAAACAGACCCUAAAGAAUUUGAUAACGAAUGAAUAUCCCACUGUGAACACAAAACUCUACAAUGCGGAUUUUGCUGAUUUUGUCUUCUAGAUCCAUGAAGAAGAAAAUGUUCAUCAUUGAAACGUUUGAUGAUCUUUCUACCGUCUGUCCUUUUUGGCCUUCAUAUCAAUGUAUUUUUGGCACUGUUUCACUCCUCCACAGACACACUGCCGGCUGGUUUCCCUUUAGAAGGCGAGUGCAAGGCCAAGAACCAAAUCACGUACAACCCCCAGAGGUCCAGCACAACAGACAGAACGAGAACAGGAACCAGAACCUGAAUCCAGUAAGACCAAAAUCUUCCAGAUAAGAUGACGUGACAACCCACGUAAGGGUGAAUCAGUAGACAGUGUCUACAGUGUAUGUUUUUAAAGUAGUCAGAUACUUUGAAGUCUAAUCUCUGAGGGCUCUUAGUGUGCACCUAGUAUACUUAAGUUGAUGAAAACUUACCAAGUUUGUGGACUACUACCUGUUUGUUGAUGACUUGUCUUCUUUGUUUCUGUUUGUAAAGGAUGAUGAGAUUGCUGAAAGACAACAUGAGGAAGCAGCCGCUGCAGCAGACGGACAAGGACCAAUGACAGCAGUUUUAGUGCCUCCACACAGGGUGUCAGUCAUGUGGACGGUCUGGGUCUUCUUCAAAACUUUCUUCUCCUCUCUUAUACCUGAGGUCCCUCAGGGUGUGGCCAAUUGAGGACUAAGCUUAACUUUUGAUAUUUCGUGUUUCUUUGGGGGAGCCGAGGUCUCUGGAUUUGAAGCUUGAAAAGCUGAUGCAAGAUUUCUGAAGCUGUUGAGAUCGAUCCUUCUGAACAUUGUCACAAGUCAAACAGAAUCUGGAAUAGUAGUGCUAAGUUCUCUUCUGUGACUUUCUUCUUUCCUCAGUCCACAGAUUGAACACCUGCAAAACAAAGAUGCGACUCUGUUGAAUUUCAUGUGGACCACAAAGGGCGAAAGGCUAAAAACAACAAACAGCACUGCAACUAAUUUUGACUGGAUUAGUUAGAUCACAGCGAUAAAUAUAAGAGUAUAACUUGUGAAAGCAGUACAGCUCUAUGUAUGAUUCACUCAGUCAAUCAACAGUAGGUGGCAUCAGAAGACUGUCACUGUAGCACUGCUGUGUCUGAGUUAUUCUCUGAUCCUGGGGGCUCAAAAUCAGCUCUCGUGAGUUAUUUAGAGACUCUGAUAUAGAUCAAUACUCUCACUCUUGUGAGGAUUAUACACGCCAUGUUCAGUUGAAGUGAAAACCCUCGCAUAAACCCAACUAAGUACUGUAUCUGGAGGCUGUCUGAAUCAGAUUAUUUUCUUACAAAUGGUUUGAUCACAGCUGUAGAAAGAGAAAAGUGGUUGAGAGCUUAAGCUGGUUUUAAGGACUGCUUCUGUUUAAGGAAGCCAAGAAAGCCCUAAAGGAUUGGGGCCAGGUUAGUUGACUUGAUAGUAUGAUUUUGACGACAGACUACCUGAAUCCUUAAACCUCCCCUUUGAAAUAUUAGCUGGAUAUGUCUUCAGUGAUUUAAAAAAUAAAACCUCAAUCUGUCAUUUUGUCCUCAAAGAUCCACAAAACAGUCAGACCAUACCUAACCACACCAUAUUUGCACUUCUGAAUUGAUUUACCUUCAACGGAGCAUCAUUGAAUACAUAUUCACUGCUCAUUCGUGCCAAAUCUUUGACCACAUUUAAUGUAGAGAUGUUAAAAAAAAGGUUAGUGUCACAAAGCACUUUACAUGUAUCAUUUACAAGCUUGUUCAUAGGGGUGAAGGUUUAUAAUUUUUCCACAUCAAAUGAUUUCUAAUAGAGAAAUGACACGUGGAGGGCUCAGAGCUGUGUGCUGUUCUGAGGCUUGGCUGAGUUUAAGGUAAAGUCUAAAAUCUUGUUAAAAUAAGUAAGUUUUUAAAAUUUGGAAAAAUCAAUACGGCAUACUUAGCUAUCAGCUGGCUAGAUGUGCCUCUGUAUGGGGUUGUUUUUGCACCCAUGGACAUUUGAUUUCUGUUUUUAAACAGGUCCUCUCUUUAUUCAGUUAACAUUCCAGUAACAUAAAACAAACACAUAAAUGUCACUUCAAGCAUUUAAACAUUUAAAGGCCUUAAAUUAACAGAUAAAAUUAAAGAAAUGACUUUGCCUAUGCUCAUUUUUCUUUUGCUCAUUUUUCUCAUUUCUUUUUUGAAGUAGCUGGCUUUCAACAAUCUUCUGUUAGGGGUUGGUUUACACCUCUUUACCAAAGAGCCAUGGAUUCCUUAUUUUUGUGUUCAAAUCCACAACGUGCUUUGCAUCAACCUCUGCUUUCAAGUUAGCAUGGUUACCAUUUAGAGAUAAAAAGCAGCUUGUGGACAGUGGUCAAUGUGUAAAUAGUAAACUUACAUGGUAAGGUUUGAAAUAUCUCACUGUUGUGGGAGUUGUGCUUGUAGUGGGAUGUUGUAAAGUGAAGACUGUGUUGAAGGAGACUUACAAUAAUGGAUGCAAUAAAUGUUUUUAACUGAAAUAACUUGUUGGUGUGUUGAUUUCAGUCAAACCUGCUAG